CUUCAGCAUACAUUAUUGAAGGUGAGAACAUACAUAUACUACACUAAUUGGUCCAUUGAAAUUUUUGUCAAAGUGUAAAGUGUUAUCAAAAUACGUAGAUGAAGAAUCAUUUAUCUAGAAGACAUUAUGUGGAAUACGCCCUUCUUUUAAUUGUAAGAAACAGCAUAUCAAAAAUGAAGUGAAUAUACCUCGGUUUUCAUUCCGGACGCUGGAAUGCAAAUUUCAAAAAGAAUUUCGUGACUUUCUUAAUGUCCUUUUUCACUGGGCCAAAACUGGUGUAGUGUAGGGACCCUUUGUAGUGUAGUGCUCUCCGUCCUUAUCUUUCUCUCGGGAAAGAGAGACAUGAAACCACACUCACAAUCCGUGUGCACUUUUUGACCAGUGAAAAAGUUUAUCAGCUGAUUGUGAGUCGGUGGAUGACCCGCAGCGCGUGAGGUAUAAUGGCAGUUGUCGACGCUUAUUUAAAUGCUAUAUUGUAGCAUUGUUUUAAGUGAAAAAAUAUGUCAAACCUACGCUGGUCUCUUACUGGCGCCCCAAGGGCUGUCAAGUUAGGCAUCAAACGAAAUUGGUUUAAAUUUCAAAUAGUUGUCAAGUCUUUAUUUUACAACCACUUUUUGGACUGGGGAUAUGUAUGCGAUGUUUUAAUGGAACCCAUGUUUUGGUUUGUCGACAAUUUUGCUGCUUGGCUCGGCCCUUUGUUCGUAGUAAUGGUGACCCUGUUGACUGCAUCCAUCGUCGUAAUCGCCUAUUGGAUAGGGCUACCCUAUUGGUGGCAAAAAAGUCCUGCAAUGACUAUAGCAUUGGUGAUAAUAGGAAAUUGGUUAUUACUCAAUGUGAGCUUCCAUUAUUACAUGGGUGUCACCGUUUGUGCCGGCUAUCCCCCGCAAGGUGAAUUGAUUCCAGAGGCUGUUAGUAUUUGCAAAAAGUGUAUCAAGCCAAAACCACCUAGAACGCAUCAUUGCUCAGUAUGCAACAAAUGCGUUCUAAAAAUGGAUCACCAUUGCCCUUGGCUCAAUAACUGUGUUGGACACUACAACCACAGAUAUUUCUUUCAAUACAUGGUAUUCACAGUAGUCGGAAUUUUAUUCAUCAUGAUCUUUGGAGUAGAGAUUGCCUAUCAAGAAUUUUUUCCAGAACAUGAUCCUGAUCUGGAAGGACAUCCUGUGCGCGUGAACAAUUCUGUCAUCAUCCCAAUGACAGAAAAUUUGGAUCAUUUGAGCAGUGAAGAAUUGGACGAAAUCGGACGUCAAGUUGCAGAUAUGACAAUUAAAGAGUGGAAGCGUAGAGCGAUAAUAUAUGCAGCUAUGAUCAGUGUAGGCACUUUUGGUGCUCUUGGUGCAUUAGCUUGGUGGCAUUCAGGGCUGAUCACUAAAGGAGAAACUAGCAUAGAAGCUCGAAUAAACAAAACUGAAUCAGAAAAAUACAAAGCUAAAGGUUGGAAGUAUCGCAACCCGUAUGAUUUUGGGCCCAAUGAAAAUUGGAGAUUAUUUCUUGGUCUUAAUGGAAGAUCUUGGUGGCACAUUCUUUUUCCAUCACCUCACAGACCCUAUGGAGAUGGCCUGACGUGGAAUUCGUUUCACAAUAUAAAACCCUCGUGACACUUACAGACUGACUACACUGUGGUCCUGCUUGAGAAGAAUCAUCUCGUCCACUAAGGUGAUCGAAAUUUGAUAUUCUAGUCAAAAUACGCAUGGCUUGUUCCACACCAUCAUCAAAAAGGUAUUAAGUUGUCCUACUUGGCUAGAAUAUACGAGGAAUAGUGAUGCAGUCUUAUUUUCUUAACUUAUUUUUAUUUAUCACCACGUAACUUGCAGAUGGUACAAUACGUGCACAAACAAGAUUGCGUAAGAUUAUAGUUAACGUCUAAUGUUGAGACUCUCUUGUAAAAAACGAGCUAAAAGUCGCGCGAAUAUCUAAUAACUGCAGCGUAACAUCAAAAUCAGCAUUGAUAUGGCAUAGUAAAGUAACGAAUACUCUGGUAAGUUGUACAAAUGCUGCCAUUGCAACAAGAUUCAAAGCAUGAGAAAGAUUUAAUGAAAAAGAAAUCAAAUCACGGUACAUCCCUCCCAAUCUUCCAGACUUGUAAAGUAGUCAUUUGUUAGUAGUUUUUGCUUUGUUCAUUAUUUCGCUGUAUUGUCACUCAUUUCUCAUGAUAUACUAUAUCUGUAAAUAUGUAAUAUGUUGACACUUUUUUCAAAUAAAACAACCACGUAUACAAUCA